AUGAGGGACAAAGGGAGGAGCCCGGUGUCCAAGUUGUCCGACGACCUCCUGGUCGAGAUCAUCUCACGCGUGCCCUACAAGUCCACCCGCUGCUGCAAGUGCGUCUCCCGGCGGUGGCGCGACCUCGUCUCCCACCCCGACCACCGCAAGAAGCUGCCCCGGUCGACCCUCGCCGGCAUAUUCUACCAAACCUUCAGAGAGGAACGCUUCCCAGCUAUGCUUUGUGGUCACCAAAGCGUGUCAGGGAACUGGUGCACUAGCAUGGACUGCUCCCUCUCGUUCCUGCCCAACUGCAAGAGAGUUAACAUGUACCUGCUGGACAGCUGCAAUGGCCUCCUCCUCUGUCUUUUCUGGAACCAACCUUCUCAUGUCAAUGGAUUUGAUUACGUGGUGUGCAAUCCCGCUACUGAGAAAUGGGUGACCCUACCUGCCACCACCUGGUCCAGCAAGGUGCGGACUGCCCGCCUUGGGUUCGACCCCUCUGUCUCCUCCCACUUCCAUGUGUUCGAGUUUGUUUCUACUACUGGUGUUGUGGAUGUGAACAUGCAGGGUCAUGAUACAGGCAAGAAAACAGUGGGGGUCUACUCCUCCAGAACUGGAGUUUGGACGCAUGGAGUUGUUUGGGACAAUCCACUUUCUAUCAGUUGA